AUGAGGGGGAAACCACCACUGGAAGGGGAGCCAUGGCUCAAGGAGCAUGAAGUCAAAGAACAAGCAACAUCCUCUUGGUUCCAGCCUUCACUCUCACAGGAUAACCUGAUGGCUGUACCAUCAAGAGAAGAUCUCACUGACAAUGAUGUAUCCACUACUGAGAGCAAGGCUGAGAGCAUGAUCUUCAGCAAGGUAUCAAGCACAGGUACACAUAGCAGCUACUUGGAGGCAAUGCAACUUAACCACAAGUGCAACAUCACUGGUGGCAAGUUUGACCCUGCUGAUGUUGUGGAAGAUGAGAUGCAGCUUGACAACAAUGAAUGCCAGAAUGAUAGCUGUGAUUUUGAUCCAGCAGAUCUUAUCAUGAAUGAUGAGUCUACUGUCACCAACAAUGGAUGCCAUGCUGGAGACAAAACAAAAGGCUUGUUUCUCUGGCAGCAUAUCUGCUUCUACAUCAUCUGUGGCAAAACACCACAACAGCCUAAUUUCUUGCUAGCAAAGGUGAAUCUGAUACAUACUAAAAUGGAGAAUAAGAAGCCACAAACAUAUGUGAAAGUCUUUGUUAUUAUACACCACCCAGAGCCAAUAUUUGACCUGCUUGCACAUUUUGUUGCCAUGGCCAUCCAUGAUGAUGCUUUUGAAGCCAAGUUCACCUCACUUGAGAAUAUCUACUGGCAUCUGAUUCCAUUGCACCUGGACAGCAUGGUGGUCAAGAUCUGGAGUGACAAGCUAGAUAUCCCUGUCUUCCGCGAGCCUGAAAUGACUGAGAAUGACUAUCAUACCUCUGAGACCAAACCCCUCACAGGUCUGACAUGGCAUUGUUUCCUGAAGCAUAUUGCAAUUAUCUUGGACAUGGAAAUCUCUUUCAGCCAGUAUGUGGUGCGGCAGACUCUUAUCAAUACCAUAAACAACAAGAUCCCAGCAUCAGUGCAAGAUCAGGUUGCUGACCAUGACUCAAACACUGUCAAAUACUAUCUGAACCAUGUUGUGCAGGAAGACAUUGAGGCCAUCAUGAUGAACAUAGAUAUACCAUCUAGGGCAAGAGUGCAAGCAUUGAUGAGCAAAUCUGGUGAAUUGCAGCACAUCCAAAGAUGCAGAGCCUCUCCUAAAGGAACUAGCAGUUGGCUGCCAGGAUCCAGGCAGCAGACUAUAAGUCAAUUCCAGAGACAGCUGGGAUCACUCUGUACUGAGAGAAGAUGA